AUGCCUUCAGAUCGUCGCUCAUCAUCCGCAGGCUCGGGUCACAGCUCACGAUCUCGAACCGAACGUGCAAGCGGCACAAUGGGUCUCGAUGGCGGAGAAGCUGGUCGACGCAUUGCUGCAGAAGACGAGUACAUUCGUCGCGAACUCACAGAGACCACUUCCUUCUGCAACGCCUUCUGGGGUCAGAACGAUGCCGGCUUCGACGCCAUCUCGGCUCGCAUGAAGGCUUCACAGCGUACACUCGAUGAGCUCAAAUCGCUCUACAAGGAACGCGCCGACAUCGAGGCCGAAUACGCAAAACGACUCGCCAAGCUCUCGCGACAGGCUAUCGGUUACAGCGAGACAGGUGCGCUCAAAGCUGCUUUCGACAUCGUCAAGGCCGAGCUCGAGACGACAUCUCGCACCCAUGCCGACCUUGCCAGCAUGAUCAAAAAGGACCUCGAAUGCGCCGUCACCGAUUUUGCUAACAAGAGCUGGAACACUCGUAAGGCUGCACAGGCAAACAUUGAAAAACUUCACAAGCACAAGCAGACCCAGGAGAGCUACGUCAACAAGUCGCGCGAAAAGUACGAGCAGGAUUGCAUCAAAAUCAACGGCUACACCGCUCAGAGCAGCCUCGUCCAGGGCAAGGAUCUCGACAAGGUCGCCUACAAGCUCGACAAGGCACAGGCCACCGUAAGUCAGAAUGACCGCGACUAUCAGAACUUUGUCCGCGCACUCAGAGACACCACUGUCAAGUGGAACGCAGAGUGGAAGGCCUAUCUCGACCAGUGCCAGGACCAGGAAGAGGAGCGCAUCGACUUCACCAAGAGCAACCUCUGGAACUUUGCCAACGCCGUUUCGGCCGUCUGCGUUGCCGAUGACGAGUCGUGCGAGCGCAUCCGCGUCAGCCUCGAAAACGUCGAUACUCCUCGCGAUGUGCAGUUCUUCAUCCAGUACUGUGGCACUGGCUCGCUCAUCCCAGCCCCUCCCGAGUACAUCAACUAUGCUAAAGGCCAGGCUCCUCCCGCUCGUCCAACAUACCACACUGCCAGGUUCCAGCGCAACACAACACGUCCCACCCAGCUGCCCAUCCCGCCACAACCGCCGCAGCAACCCACGUCACCGCAACAGCAGCAGCCGUCCCCUCUGCAGCCCAACGAGUCGCCACAGGCUGUCUCGCCACAACCACCUCAGCCUGUCCAGCCUGCCACGCGCAACGGUGCCUACCAAGACAAGCCUGUGCCUCCUCAACCCGAUCACUCACAGAGACAAUACGAGGCUGAGCUCCCCCAGACGGUGGCUGCUACUGCUGCUGUGCCGCCACCCACCCAUGCUGCUCCUGCACCUUCUGCCAACCCAGUGAGUUCCAGUCCGACACAAGUCUUGCCUUCGUCGCCUCAACGACGAAUGUCGACUAAAGCUUUUCUUGCUCGAACCUCUUCCCUGUCUCGUACCAACUCAUCCAAAACGCAGACUGUCUCUUCGCGCCCUGCACCCGUCGCGCCCCUUGGUGGUGGCAGCGGGCCUGUCAGCAGCCAAUCAGCUGCAUCGGCUGCUAGUGCUUCCGACGAUGAGGAUCCCAUCGCUAAAGCUCUUGCUAGCUUGCGCAUGCGUCCCGCUGGCAAGUCACCCGGUCCUGCACGCCCAGAGACCGUCUCGGUCGAGCCUGUCCCGCCACCUGUUCCGUUUGCGCAACCCGGCCAGAUUGUGCAGAACAUGGCUGCUCAGCAUCGACCCCACUCUCCCUCACCCUCCAUGGCCAGCGCGCUGCCUCCGCGUGCAAAGUCACCCGGUGCCGCGUUCAUGCAGGCUCCGGCGCGAGCGACAUCGCCUUUGCCAGUCGAGGACGUGGUGGGACAGUACGGCCAGUCUUUCCCUGGCGAGCGCAAGUCGCUAUCCCGCCAGAACUCGGUAGCAUCGCGUGCGGGCAUCCAGGCUGCGGAGGCUCCCAAGAGUCCCAACAAGCAGCACGUCGAACAGGGCUUUGCUGGAGUUGGAGCUCGCGGACGAAGCCCAAGCCCUCAGCCGUGGUCUCAUGUCACACAGCAGCAGCUGCAACAGCAGCAUGUACAACAACAACAAGCUGCACAGUCUCCUAGAGCGCCCACUUCCUCUUCGGACCAACCCAAGUCUGGCACACUUUCCCGGCGACAAUCGAACAUACCACCUGUGCGCAGCACAACGCCUCUGGGCAUCGCCUUGGAUGCCACCGGCUCCGUGACGCACGAUCAGAUGGCAGUUGAUUACAUGAGACGCGCCGGUAGUGUUCCGCCGCCCCAGCAGCAGCAGCAGCAGCAGCAGCAGCAAUCAGCGCGUCCGCCUUCCGUGGUCCAUGCCAACUACCAACAGCAGCCAUCGCACCACCAAGCGCACCCCUCGGUCUCGAGUCAGUACAGCACCGCACCUCAAGUGCAGAGCGCGUACAGUUAUCAAGGCGCCGCGCCUGCAGCGGAUGGGCGCCAGCCAUACCAGAGCCACGCAGCACAGCCGUCCAUGUAUUCCACCGUUGGCCAGUCUGUCCCGCAGAUGGCGGCUGUUACAGCCGCACAACAGCAAGCGUACGGAGGAUACACGCCCUCGGGCUACGGGCACGGGCAUCAAGCUCCCGCUGCCAGUCAGAGCGUGCCCGCUCACUUGGCUCAAUCGUCGCAAUAUGCUAGCCCUCCAGCUCCGAUGCAAAACGCGUAUCCGGCUACAGCGCAACAGGCUGGGCCUGUGGGAGCUCAGCAGGUGGGGCCGGGCGGUUAUUAUGCGGGUGCGCCACAGCCGCAGGGUGGACAGUACGCGGUUGCACAGGAGACGCCGGCGUCGGCGUACAUGCACGAAUACUUGCAACAGCAGCAGCAGCAGCAGCAGCAGCAGCAGCAGAUGCAGCCACAUGGCGUGGCUAAUGGUGUCGGACAUGCACAUCAGCAAAGCACAGCGAGUGCGGCGCCUUCGCACUACCAGCAGCCACCGGCUCAACAGCAACAGUGGGCUAACAGAGCGACGAGUGCGGCGGCGAAUGCAACACCGGCUGCUGCUGCAGUGGCACCUGCAUCGUCGGGAGCUGCACCAGGCCGCGCUCAAGGCCACGCACCCACCGGGCAGUACAGCGACGCAGGCAAGCCUAUCCUGUUCUACGUCAAGGCUCUGUAUGAUUACCAAGCGACAAACCCGGAUGAGUUUAGCUUCACCACUGGCGAUAUCAUCGCAGUAACGCAUACCGAGGCCGACGGGUGGUGGCAGGGCGAGCUGUUGGAUGAAGCGAGACGCAUGGCCGGGGCGAACACUUUCCCGAGCAACUUUGUUUCCUUGCUCAUGUAA